AUGCAGGUAUGCAUUUUUUUUCUUUUACUUUACUUAUAUUUGCCUAGUUUUUUAGAAUCACAAGCAGACGAGUCACUUCAUUUUGUUAAUGACAAUCUUGAAUUUUCUUUCUCUUUGUCUCUUUCUGUCUGGCAAUCACUCCCUGUCUUCCUUUGCUUCAUUGUCUUACACUCACUCUCUUUCUUUCUGUUGAUCUCUUUUUGCUUCGCACUCAUUCUCUGUCUCCCUCUGGUUCAUUGUCUUACACUUACUCUCUUUCUCUCUCUUUCUCUUUAUUUCUUUUCUUUUCAUUCCCUUAAUGUCUUCCUUUGGUUUACUGUCUUCUACGCCACUAUCCAUCUCUCUCCUUGCCUCUUUCUUUCUCACACUCACUCUUUGUCCGCCUUUGGUUCUUUGUUUUACAAUCACUCUUUUUAUCUCUCUCUUCGGACUCAUUCUCUAUCUACUUCUGCUUCUCAUAUCCACACAGUUUUCUCGCUUUGUCUCUUUCUGUCACGCACUAUCUCUUCCUACGCUCACUCUCCGUCUCUUUUUGUCUCCUUCCGUCUCCCUCUCUCUCUCUCCCAUUUGUCUCUUUUUGUCUUGUACUCAUCCUCUGUCUCUUUUUCUCUCUAUCAGUCUCAUAUUAACUUUCUAUUACUUUCUAUCUCUUGCUCGCUCCCUAUCUCUUUUUGUCACUUUCUGCCGCGAAUUCACACACCGUUCUUUUUGGUCUCUUUAUCUCUCUCUCUCUCUCUUUUCUGUUUUUGUGUUUUUCUCUCUCGGACAUAUUCAUUUUCUCUCUGUGUCCUCUUUCUGUUUCAAAUUCAGUCUUUGUCUCUUUCCCUCACAUUUUCUUUUUUCUCUCUAGGAAAAAAAUGA